UCGAAUGAAUUAUCUUCAUAUAAAUUCUAUUAAUAAUAUGGAUAUUGAUUUCUGUAUAGAAGAAAUUUUAAAUAAAAUUAAUAAUGAUGGUAAUCAAUAUUUUUAUACAUUAUGUCUUCGUAUUCCAACAGUAAAUGAUAAAAUGAUUGAAAAACUCAAGAAUAUUAUCAAUUCAAACAAAUCUAUUGUUUGGUAUUCAAUCAAAUAUGUACUUGAUGUUAUCUAUUUAGAAUGGAAAAAAUAA